GGAAUGAAGUCUGGAUGGUUCGUAAGAGAUGCAUAGACAGUAAGACAAAGAUGCGUACAGGUCGCAAGCUGUAAUAGGAGACGCCGGAGAAGGAGACUGAGUGUUGAUUGUUGAUUGAUAUCUCUUCUUCAAUCUAUCAGAUUCUAUACUUGUAUAUUACACAAAGGACGGACUUUUUCCACACUUUCUGCGCGAUUCGACCUACCAGGAAGAAAUUACACCUCGUCACUUCUUAAUCUUUCUCACAACUGUAGUUGAGUUGGUCACAGAUUGUUGCUGGGAAGUGGGAAGGUCAUCUGAAGACCCAAUUGUGUUUGAUGAACAAUUGCAUAAGUAAGUCAGAUAAUUGCCUCCUUGAUAGUGGGAGUAGCCAUGCCCAAGACUAGCAUGGAUCUCAACUCUGGACAUUGUGGUCCAUCUAUUCUACAGUUGCUUAAGUGGCAGCCGAAUGAUUGCUUUCUUGAUCUAUCUGAGUUUCGUGAAGCUUUUAUUUCUCCAUCAAGGGAGCUAUUGCUGUUACUUUCCCAUCAUUCUGAAGCAUUGCUUUUUCCUCUGGUUAAAGGGUUGUCUAUAUGCCAAAAUGAUAGCGGAAGUCAUCCCUCUGAGAGGUUUUCAGAACCAAUAGGCUCUAGUUCACUAGAGUUAACAGUACAUAGUCAGUCAGUUUCAAAGGAGAAUAUAUACAACAAUUUAGAAUCAAUAAACAUAGACAGUGAAAACAGUUUUAAUGCUGAGAUUAAUUGUUCUAAAUCUAACAAUUACCCUUAUCUUUAUGAUGUAAAGUCACUGGCUUGGGGUGUAUGUGGGGAGUCCUAUGAACAGCCUGGAGAUGAUUCUUUCAGGGAACUGAUUUUCAUCUCUGGUAGCAAUUGUGUGACAGUCCAUGCCUUUUGUCAACCUAGAAAAGACAGUAAAGGGUCUGAACUGACUUUGGGUAGUGAGAAUGCAGAGGGAAGUUGGGUGGAAUGGGGACCUCCAACUUGCUUAACUUCUGACAUGGUGGUGGAUGAUGGUAUCACUAUGAGCUGUCAAUCCCCAGAGGCUGAUGGUCCAAAUGAAGCCAGGGGAAGUCCAAAAAGAUGGUUGCAGACGUUCUUUGUGGAAACUGAAACUAGCAACUUGGAUGGUAACAUUUGGACUAAGUUCCCCGAGAUGUUUUCUAUUCCUCCUGAUGCGACGGUGGUUUCAUUUAGCAUUUUUGACAGUGUAUCACCAUUGCUGGAUGUUUUAUUGCAUGCUCAUUCUGGAUUAGAUACAGAGGUUACUGGGGAAGUUAAGCCAUCUGAUAUUGAUUCUAGUUCUUUGGGUGUUCAGUCAAGAAGUUCAUAUACGUGUUCAAGAGUGUUCCCUUCCAAUUCACAUCAAUUAAUUGGGUUCCUUUUGACAUCCUUAGAUUCACCAGCAGGUGUGCGUAAUAAAGACUGCUUAAAAAACUUUAUUGCUGUUGCGAAGUUAAGGAGCCGUGGGAUACAGUGGGUUUGCACCCUUAAUCUUGAUAAAAUUGUAGACAGUGAUCGAAGUGUUGAGUGGGCUGACUUUGGUUUCUCGAAUGAUUUUCUUGUAUGUCUUAGUGCUUCUGGGAAAGUAUUCUUCCACCAUGUUUUAACAGGCGAAUAUAUUGGAAAUCUGGAUGCCCUAGAAAUUUGCGGAUUUCAUAAUCAGUUAAUUCCUCAGGACAAAGAAGAUGGUUUUGUGGAAGGUUUUCAGGCUCUUAGAAGUUUGGAUAGCCAAUAUACUCAUGAAAAUGGAUUUGACAGUGAUUGUUUCAACCAUACCAACAAAAUUGUUGGCAAAAGAAUAUUUAAAAGGCUGCUUUUUGCUUCAAAUACUCAUUUGUUAGCAGCAGUAGAUGAAUACAGUGUCAUCUAUGUUAUAUGUACUCGAGAACAUAUACCAACAAAGUAUUUUCCAAUUGAGAAUCGGAUCUCACAUCUUUGGCAGUUUGAACAUGGAAUAUUAGGUAGUUGGGAAGUCGGGGGUGCUGACAUAAGCCAGCAGAAACAAUUCUUCACAGGCCACAAAAAAGACAAUGGAGUUGGUGGAAUUCAAGACAAGCUCAUGAUGAGAAAAGAAGUUGAAGCUCAUGCUGCUUUAUGUGCUGCAAGUGAUAAAACUGAUAAUAAGCAUCGAAUGAGAAGAAUCAUUCUCCCCAUUGAUAAAUUUAACAAGAAUGGUGUAGUUUGUUUCUCUCCUUUUGGAGUCACACAGAUGAUUGAAAAACAUACAAAGGGAAUACGUGAGAUUCAGAUUGCUCACUCAUACUUGUAUCUUGAGUCAGCAGUUGAUGAAGAAAAAUUCUGUAAUCUUCAAGGUUCAGAUACCUUCACAGGAAAAGCCAUUGGUUUCACCUUCCAGGGGUAUCUAUAUUUGUUCAUGAAAGAUGGCCUUUCCAUUGUACUACCCUCAAUUUCAGUUUCUCCUAAUUUCCUUCCUGUUGAAGCCAUUGGGUAUCAGCAACCGAAUACUAGUGCAGCAGGUGAGUAUUCAUUUGCGCAGACUUUAGAAUUCCAAGGACCAAGACAAACAUUGUCAUCAUGGAAAGUGGAAGUUUUAGAUCGAGCACUUUUGUAUGAAAGCCCUGAAGCAGGAGAUCUCUUAUGCUUGCAAAAUGGGUGGGAUUUAAAGUUUUCUCGGAUACGUCGUUUGCAGCUGGUACUCAUCUACUUGAAGUUUGAGGAGAUUGAGAAUGCCUUAGACAUGCUUGUGGAUGUAAAUCUGGCUGAAGAAGGUGUUCAGAGAUUGAUCUUCGCUGCUAUGUUCCUUAUGUUAGGCAAAGUUGGUAUUGACGGUGAUGUUUCUGCAGCAUCAAGAAUUCUAGCAUUGGCUACCCGCUUCGCCACCAAAAUGUUACGCAAGUAUGGCUUACUGAAGAGUAUGAUACAAGAAGCCUUAUUGUCAUCUCAAAGCCAUAUGCGGACAGGAGUUUCUUCUCCUUCGACAGUAUUACCAGAUGUAGAACUUCAGCUUAAGAAGAUGUCUCAUUUAUUAGAAAUCAUCCGCAAUUUGCAGUGUCGGCUUAUUGCCAAGUUCAAAAGGCGUAAUGAAGGAUGGGAGGAUGGCAUAGAUGUUUUAAGUUUGGUAGAUGCUCAUCAUGCUCAUGAUAACUCGGAGCUAUUUGUUUCUGGUGAUGCAGUAUCAACGGAGACAUCACACCAGAACGAACUUUAUAUUCCUACUCAUCUACUGGAACUUAAAAAUGGUGAAAAUCUGACUCUUGCCCACAUGGAUUCUCCGAGCUCAGAUCCUGCUAACUAUGCUGGAAUACCCGCCUUACUGCGAGAAGGGAGUGCCUCAGGAAUAAAUAUUCCCUUGGAAAACCCCAAAGAUAUGAUUACACGCUGGGAGACAAAUAAUUUGGACAUAAAAACUGUGGUGAAAGAUGCAUUGCUGUGUGGUCGUCUUCCUUUAGCAGUUCUCCAACUGCAUCUUCAUCGCCGAAAGAGUUUGAUGGAAGAUGAAGAUCCAACUAAUACUUUCUCUGAAGUUAGGGAUGUUGGAAGGGCCAUUGCCUAUGAUCUAUUCUUAGAGGGAGAAAUUGAACUUGCAGUAGCAACUUUGCUUAAGCUUGGAGACGAUGUUGAAACAAGCCUGAAACAGUUAUGCUUCGGCACUGUUCGAAAGUCUCUUAGGAAAAAAAUUGUUGAGGAGAUGAUUAAAUAUGAUUACCUUAAACAAGAUGACUGGGAAUCUUUGGAGAGAAUAUCACUUAUUGAGAGGAGUUAUGGCUGCAGUAGUUUCUGGGAAACAUAUCAUGGACGACAAAAAGAGUCGAUGAGAAAUCCAGCAGUAAAUUUUGAAAGAAAAAUCAAAUUGUGCCUUUCACACACACCUUCUCUGGACAAUCUUACCAUCCAGUGUGGUGAGAUUGAUGGAGUGGUGCUUGGCUCAUGGGUUAAUAUCAGUCAGCAUUCCCAUGCUCCUGAAGCUGAUGAGGACAAGAGUCAUGUUGCUUACUGGGUGGCUGCUGCAAUCUGGUCUGAAAUUUGGGAUCAAACUACUGUUGAUCGUAUAGUAAUGGACCGCUCUCAAAUGACAGAUAUUGGUGUUUCAUGGGAGUCAGAGCUUGAGUAUCAUAUAUGCCACAAUCACUUGGUUGAAGUCAUGAAACUCCUAGAUGUAAUACCAUCAUCUAUGUUGUCAGAUGGACAUCUCCAAGUCAAUUUGGAUAAUUUAAAUUCUUCGUCAUCUUAUGAUGGGGAAUUCCCAGAUUAUGUCAACUAUUCUCAUUCUCUCUCAGUGGUGGAUACUGUUUCCUUGGAUAUUCCUGGUGUUAGAAUUCUAACACAUUCAGCAUCUGAUAUGUGCUCCAUGUGGCUAAGAACUAUUAUGGAGCAGCACCUUGCCCAUAAGUCUAUUUUUCUGAAGGCUUUUUGGGAGGGGCCAUCUGAUCUGGUAGCUCACCUUGCUCGUGCAGGAUUCAUAGGUCAGCCAUAUCAGAUGCCACAUAUUGAUCAGAAAGAGGAUUAUGUGGUCCCAGAUUUAUCAACAGUUGGUACAUCCAUUAACCUUGAAAUGCUCCAGGGUGUUAAUAAGCUCAUUGUUCUUUACAUUGUGCAAAAUAACUUGCCAAAUCUUUUGGACCUUUAUCUUGAUCACCACAAAUUGGCUCUAGAUAAAGAAUCCUUCCUAAUACUACGCGAAUCUUCUAGAGGAAGUCAAUGGGCAGAGUGGUUGUUCUUGUCAAGAAUGAAGGGAUAUGAAUAUGAUGCAUCAUUUUCAAAUGCUCGUUUCAUCGCUUCAAAUGGAUUGGUACAUGGUAACAAUCUCAGUAUACUUGAGAUUGAUGAUAUGAUUGGCACUGUUGAUGACAUUGCUGAAGGAGGAGGAGAAUUAGCUGCUUUAGCAACUUUAAUGUAUGCCCGAGCUCCAAUUCAAGAUUGCCUAAGUAGUGGUAGCGUAAACAGACAGUCAAGCUCCUCUGGACAAUGCACACUGGAGAAUCUUAGGCCGACCCUUCAGCACUAUCCUAUUCUAUGGCGUACUCUUGUAGCAGCUUGCUUUGGGCAGGACAUAUGUUGCCAAGUUAUUGGCCCUAAAACAAGACCAAUGCUAGGUAAUUCAGAUUUAUUUGGCUAUCUGGAUUGGCGCAAGAACAUAUUUUUCUCUGCUGGACGUGAUACUUCACUUCUGCAAAUGCUUCCCCGCUGGUUCCCUAAAGCUGUCAAGAGACUGAUUCAACUUUAUGUGCAGGGGCCACUUGGUUGGCAUUCACUAACUGGUCUAUCCACUGGAGAAGUCUUACUUGGAGAUAUUGACUAUUUAGUGUCUGCUAAUAUGCACGAUGUUAGUCCCAUAUCAUGGGAAUCUGCUAUACAUAAGUGUGUUAAAGAACAGCUGUAUGCUUCUUCGCUGGAGAAAAAUAGGAUUGGGCUGGAGCACCAUUUGCAUCGCGGACGUGCUUUGGCAGCUUUUAAUCAUCUUCUUGCUGUCAGAGUUCAAAAGUUGAAAUUGGAACAGGCGCAGAUCAAUGACAAAUCAGAUAUGCAACUGCUUUUGGCACCUAUAACAGAAAGCGAAGAACCUCUCCUUUCAUCUGUUUUGCCACUUGCUAUCAAACAUUUCGAAGAUUCUCAAAUGGUGGCUUCAUGUGCCUUUCUCCUGGAGCUGUUUGGUUUAUCUGCCAGAAUGCUUCAGAUAGAUGUUGCAGCUUUAAGACGGAUAUCUUCUUUCUAUCAGUCCUCUGAGUAUGCUAAUAGUUACAAGGAAUUCUCACCUAAGAGCUCUGCAUUUCAUUCAAUAUUGGAAGGAAAUAAUAUUACUGAUUCUCUUGCUCAAGCAUUGGCAGAUGAGUAUAUGCGCCAUAACCCUCUUGGGAUCUUAAAGAAGCCAGAAACUCCUUCUGUGUCUAUUAAACGAUCCUCUCGAGCUCUAUCACUUGUUUUACAGCAUCUGGAGAAGGCAAGCCUUCCAAUGUUAUCUGAUGGAAAGACUUGUGGUUCUUGGCUAUUGAAUGGAAAUGGUGAUGGUGCUGCACUAAGGUCUCAGCAAAAACUUGCAAGUCAGCACUGGAAUCUAGUUACAAAUUUUUGUCAAAUGCAUCAUAUUCCUUUGAGCACUAAAUACCUCACUAUGUUAUCAAGAGACAAUGACUGGGUUGGGUUUUUGUCAGAAGCUCAGAUUGGUGAAUAUUCGUUAGAAUCUGUCAUUCAAAUUGCAUCAAAAGAUUUCUCUGAUACUCGUUUAAGAAACCACAUACUGACUGUUCUGAAGGGAUUGCUAGCAAAGAAGAAAAUAGGUUCUUCACCAACUUUGGAUACUUCUGAAAAUAAGGGAGGAACUGCUAUUUCUGAAGAAAACACGUUUAUCCCUACUGAACUUUUUGGGAUUCUGGCUGAUUGUGAGAAGCAGAAAAGUCCUGGAAAGGUCCUCCUGCUGAAAGCAAAAGAAUUGUGUUGGUCUGUAUUGGCAAUGAUUGCAUCAUGCUUCUCAGAUGUGACUCCUUUGUCCUGCUUGACAGUUUGGCUGGAAAUAACUGCAGCAAGGGAGACUUCCUCUAUUAAGGUGAAUGACAUUGCCUCACAGAUUGCCUGUAGUGUUGCAGCAGCUGUUGAAGCUACUAAUUCACUUCCACCAAGUAGUAGGGAUCUCACAUUUCAUUACAACCACAAAAGUCCAAAACGGAGAAGGCUGAUUGAACCUCAAAAGAUGAAUCACUCAGCUUCCUUAUCAGGUAGCACUACUACAGCUACCUCAUCAGUUUUUUCUUCCCAAGGCCUUAAUGCUGGUGAAGAAAAUAGAGAACGAAGUGGUGUAAGCAUCCUGAGUGAUUCUGAAGAGGCUCCGGUUUCAUUAUCAAGGAUGGUUUCAGUGCUUUGUGAACAACAUCUGUUUCUACCUCUGCUAAAAGCUUUUGAGAUGUUCCUUCCAUCGUGCACUCUUUUACCUUUUAUCCGAGCCCUUGAGGCAUUUUCACAAAUGCGGCUAUCCGAAGCCUCUGCCCAUCUAGGAUCUUUUUCUGUCAGACUUAAGGAAGAACUUACACAGCCAAAGGGACAAAUUGGAAACUCGUGGAUUAGCUUAACUGCUGUAAAAGCUGCUGAUGCAAUUCUCUCAACUUGUCCAUCACCUUAUGAAAAGAGAUGUUUACUGCAACUUCUUUCAGCAACAGACUUCGGAGAUGGAGGAUCUGCUGCAUCUAAUUACAGGCGACAGUAUUGGAAAAUUAAUUUAGCUGAACCUUGUUUACGUAAUGAUAAUGGUCUACGACUUGGAAAUGAGACUUUAGAUGAUGCUUCUCUUCUAGCAGCACUGGAGAGAAAUGGGCGUUGGGAUCAAGCACGGAAUUGGGCUAGGCAGUUAGAGGACAGUAGCGGUUCUUGGAAAUCUGCUGUCCAUCACAUUACUGAAACCCAGGCAGAGUCCAUGGUAGCAGAAUGGAAAGAGUUCCUUUGGGAUGUACCUGAGGAAAGAGUUGCUUUAUGGGGUCAUUGUCAAACAUUAUUUGUUAGAUAUUCUUUCCCCCCACUACAGGCAGGAACAUUUUUCUUGAAACAUGCAGAAGCAGUGGAGAAAGAUCUUCCAGCCAAAGAACUUCAUGAAUUGUUGCUUCUCUCUCUGCAGUGGCUAAGUGGGUUGAUAACUCAAUCUAAUCCAGUGUACCCUUUGCACCUUCUGCGAGAGAUUGAGACAAGAGUGUGGCUCCUGGCAGUGGAAUCUGAAGCUCAGGUGAAAAGUGAUGGAGACUUCUCAUCCAGUUCUGGCAGGGAAAAUGUGACUGGAAAGUUCUCUAGUAUGAUAGACAAGACUGCCAGUAUUAUCACAAAAAUGGACAAUCAUAUAGGUGCUAUGAUGAGAAAAUCUGAGAAAAAUGAUUCAUGGGGAAAUAACCAGAUACAUAAUAGGAUAUCACAAUUUGUUGAUAGUGGCUUUACACAUAAUGUUGGUGUUGGCACAAAGACAAAACGCAAAGUUAAAGGCUCUGCACCAUCAAGAAAACCUUUGUUAUCAGAUGUUGUGGAGAAAACCAGUGACGCUGAGGAUAGUUCUAUUCUCAAUUUGAGAAAUGAUUCACACUUGGUAGAUGAGAGCUCUAAGAUAGAAGCAUCCUUUUCAAGAUGGGAGGAAAGGGUUGGGCCCCAAGAACUGGAAAGAGCUGUUCUUUCUUUAUUAGAAUUUGGGCAAAUAAUUGCUGCAAAACAGCUCCAGAAUAAGUUGUCCCCAGCACAAUUGCCUCCCGAAUUCACACUUGUUGAUGCUGCUUUAAAACUGGCAGCGGUUUCUGCUCCUGCCAACAAAGUAUCCAUAUCAAUGUUGGAUGAGGAAGUACGCUCAGUCAUUCACUCAUACAGUAUGAAAGCAAACUCCUCUGUUGUUGACCCGCUUCAGGUCCUGGAGAGCAUGACAAACCUGUUUGUAGAAGGAAAUGGGCGGGGACUAUGCAAGAGAAUUAUAGCAGUGGUAAAAGCUGCAAAUAUUUUGGGUCUUCCGUUCUCAGAGGCUUUCGAGAAGCAGCCAAUAGAACUGUUGCGGUUACUAUCUCUAAAGGCACAAGAUUCCUAUGAUGAAGCUAACCUCCUCGUGCAAACUCAUUCCAUGCCAGCUGCUAAUAUUGCCCAAGUACUUGCCGAGUCCUUCUUGAAGGGCUUGUUAGCUGCACAUAGGGGUGGAUAUAUGGAGUCACAGAAGGAGGAAGGACCAUCUCCUCUGUUGUGGAGAUUCUCAGACUUUUUGAAAUGGGCUGAGUUGUGUUCAUCAGAACCUGAAAUUGGUCAUGCUUUGAUGCGUCUCGUCAUUACUAGCCAAGAAAUUCCACAUGCUUGUGAGGUUGAGCUUCUUAUUCUGUCUCAUCAUUUCUACAAAUCAUCAGCUUGCCUUGAUGGAGUUGAUGUUCUUGUAGCCCUAGCAACAACCAGGGUAGAAGCCUAUGUUGCAGAAGGUGAUUUUCCAUGUUUAGCCCGUCUCAUAACAGGUGUUGGGAACUUCCAUGCACUGAAUUUCAUUCUUGGAAUUCUAAUCGAGAAUGGGCAGCUGGAGCUACUCCUUCAAAAGUAUUCAGCUGCUGCUGACACAAAUGUCCAGGGGUUUAGAAUGACUGUCCUUACCGCAUUAAAACAGUUUAACCCGGAUGACCUUGAUGCAUUUGCUAUGGUAUACACUCAUUUCGACAUGAAGCACGAAACAGCCUCUCUUUUAGAAUCUCGAGCCAAACAAUCAUCUCACCAAUGGUUCCUUCGUUACGACAAGGACCAAAACGAGGACCUUCUAGAAUCAAUGCGGUAUUACAUCGAGGCUUCCGAAGUCCACUCUUCCAUAGACGCCGGAAACAAAACCCACACAGCCUGUUCUCGUGCAUCCCUAGUCUCCCUCCAAAUCCGCAUGCCAGAUUUUCGUUGGCUCGACCUAUCAGAAACAAACGCCAGACGAGCCCUAGUCGAACAGACCCGUUUCCAGGACGCCUUAAUUGUUGCAGACGCCUACAGUCUUAACCAGCCGAGUGAAUGGGCCUUAGUGCUUUGGAACCAUAUGCUUAAGCCAGAGCUUCUAGAACAAUUUGUGGCUGAAUUUGUGGCGGUUCUUCCACUUCAGCCUUCGACACUAGCGGAUUUGGCUAGGUUUUAUAAGUCGGAAUUGGCUGCGAGAGGUGAUCAGUCACAGUUCACUGUUUGGUUGACGGGUGGAGGUGGAGGGGUUCCUUCUGAGUGGGCUAAAUAUUUGUGGAGGUCUUUUAAGUGUUUGAUGAAGAGGACUAGGGAUUUGAGGUUGAGAUUGCAGUUGGUGACUAAUAUGGCUUCUACUGAUUUUGGGGAAGUGAUUGAUGCUUGUAAUAGAGCACUUGAUCGGGUGCCCGAUAAUGCUGGACCACUUGUUUUAAGAAAAGGCCAUGGGGGUGCUUACCUUCCUUUGAUGUGACUGUAUAGUUUAGUUAGUUAGGUAUACCCUAAAAAGCAUCACUCAUUCUAUUCUAUAUGAGCGGUUUUUUAGUACAUUUAUUCAUUUUUUUCCUCCAUCGAGACAACGUCGUAUUUGAUUGGUUAUUGUUUUUUUUCUUUAAUUUCUGAAGAUUGCGGCUUUGUUAUUAUUUUUUGUAAUAAAAUGUACUAUAUGUUCAUUGUCCAAAUGGGACAUUAUGGUUUCUUAGGCAAAUGGAAGCUUUUAUUAUUGUA